AUGCAAGUCGUUCAACAAAAACUUGAACAAAAUAAAGAUGUUCAGGUAGAGAACAUCCUCUCUGUUCUUCCAUUGGAACAUAGCAACUUUAUCAGGCGUUAUCUUCGUUUGGCUACACUUAAGAAUGUUCGAAUUCUUAAAGCUAUGGAUGAAAAACUGUUGAAAGCAAUCUGUGAACAUCUCAUACCAAUCAACUGCAAUGAGAACAAGGAUAUUAUUGGAGAGGGGGACCAACUUGAUAGGAUGCUUUUCAUCAGGCAAGGAAUUGUACGGACAUUCAGAACAAAUGGCAAAGGAGGAAAGAUUGGUACUUCUAAGCUUCUGGAGAAGGGUGAUUUGUAUGGAGGAGAGCUUCUAAAUUGGGCAUCAAAUCUAAUUACGUCUCAUACUGUCUAA